GUAGUUGAGUGCGUUUAAAAAAAUCUGGUACUUCCGGGACCGAUGGCACGUCCCAAUCCUCAUCAGCAGUUGAUUAGAGGCGGUGGGGGCAGGGAUCAAACGCGCCGCAUCCUCCGAGAGUGUGCGUGAGUGUGCGUGAGCGAGCCCGCACACCGCAAACAGGCAGACAGACACAGAGAGAGAGAGCGGGGGGACCACACCAGCUUAUAGCCCAGAUACAGGAGUGACAACAGGGAAGAACGAGGUAAACAUGGCCGGUGGGAGCUCCCUGGAAGCCGUGAAGAAGAAAAUCAAGUCGCUGCAGGAGCAGGCCGAUGUGGCGGAGGACCGAGCCGCGCUGCUGCAGCGGGAAGUGAACCAGGAGAGGACCGCGAGGGAGGCAGCUGAGGGUGAUGUAGCCUCCCUGAACAGGCGUAUCCAGCUGGUCGAGGAGGAGUUGGACCGUGCUCAGGAGCGUCUGUCCACAGCUCUGACCAAGCUGGAGGAGGCUGAGAAGGCUGCUGACGAGAGUGAGAGAGGCAUGAAGGUUAUUGAGAACAGGGCGAUGAAGGAUGAGGAGAAGAUGGAGCUGCAGGAGAUCCAGCUGAAGGAGGCCAAACACAUUGCUGAGGAGGCUGACCGCAAAUAUGAGGAGGUGGCCCGUAAGUUGGUGAUCAUUGAGAGCGACUUGGAACGUACAGAGGAGCGCGCUGAGAUGUCUGAGAGCAAGUGCUCUGAGCUGGAUGAGGAGCUGAAAACCGUGCAGAACAACCUGAAGUCUCUGGAGGCUCAGGCAGAGAAGUACUCGCAGAAGGAGGACAAGUACGAGGAGGAGAUCAAGGUUCUCACAGACAAGCUGAAGGAGGCUGAGACCCGUGCUGAGUUUGCUGAGAGAUCUGUCGCCAAGCUUGAGAAGACCAUUGAUGACCUUGAGGACCAUCUAUACAAGCAGCUUGAGAAAAACCGCCUUCUGACCAAUGAACUGAGAGUAGCCUUAAACGAUGCCUAAACUGGAGUGGGCUCAUCUGCUUUAAGUUUUCUGGAAAAAAAGAACAUAGGCAAUUGUGUCUCUGACACACAACUUGCACUAAACCAAACAUUUCUGUCAACAAGUAGGACGAGGAAGACUUUCACAUUAUGCAUGAUCAAACCGCAGAUUUAGAGGUUAACCUGACACCCUCAGUUACAGAAUGAAUUUGAUAAGUAUUCUCAGUCAUUGUCAGGGCUGUAGCACAUGAAUCCAGUAAUCUGUACUGCUGUUGUUUGGGGGGGGGGUGGUGUAGGCUGAUUAUGCAGACCAAAAUGUUUCAUGGACUAGAAUUCCUUCUGCAUCCCUGAACUCGCCUCCAAAAACAAGGACAAGUUUUCAUUGCAAAUGGUCAAGCAUCAACCAAAAGUAAGAUAGAAGGUGUUCAGCUUUACAGAGAACUAAACCACUCAUUUUGGUUUUAUUUCAAGUUUGAUUUGAUUAUUGGGAGUACAUUUGUAUCACUAUAAUCGUGUUUGAUCAGGGCACUGUCAGUGUUUUUAAACAGGCUUUGCUUUAAUAUCACUGGAUUUUAGUGACGUGGUUCUGAACCCUGUGACGGUCUCGAGCAUUUCAGAGAAAGCUUGACAGGCUGUCACUCAAACUCUCCCUGGUAGAUCUUUAGAUAUAUUUUUCAAUAAGCAUAUCACCUAAAACAAAACCUCCUGAAUUGAAUAAAAUCGCAAACUAACACAGGCGAUAGGUUAAAGUUAAAAAUCUGGCUUCUGAAAUACAUUUUUAAACCAAACCCAGCUAUUGCAGAGGGAGUUUGAUUCUGUAUGUAGCAGUAAGGAUGAAGUACUGACCAUUGGCCUGUGUAGAGAUAUUCACAAUAACUGUUUCUACUAGUUUCUCAUUAUUAGUGGUCAGAUUGGUGCUCAUAUUGUUUUUUUAAAGUCUUUUUUUUUUAAUUGAUCCAAAACUGCGUUGUUGGGGUGUUUGUACUUAAUACUAAAGAUCAUAAGUAUCAUUCAAGUCCAUAGAUUUGGAAAAACUUAACAACUUGCCUUAGGUGAUAUUAUUUAGUCCUUAACUCAACCCAUGCAGUCAUGACUACAGUCCUGUCUUUAGCUUGAUCAUGAUAUUCAAUAUUCUUUAAAGAUAACGUUUCAAAAUGGAAGUUGAGUUUGUGGGAUUGGCUCAGGGUAUCUGAGUUGAGGAAAUGUAUUUGCUUAUUGAAUGUUAACUUAUAUUAUUGGGGAAAAUAUAGAAUAUCAAUUCCUCAAACUAAAGUUUGAAACAAUAUCCAACCAAAGUCUAACACUGUCUAUUAACCUGGAAAAGAGCUUUGUCUGCUAUAGUGUGUGCAUCUCUGCGCUGUUUGUUCUCCGAUGUUUAACUGAUGCAAUGCUAUAUUAACAGAUAAACUCACGCGUGCUCAAGAAGAAGGCCUGAGGGUAAAACAGACGCUGGAUCAGACUCUAAUGGAGAUGAUUAACAUUUGACCCAGCUUUGUUCCCCUGCCCCACGAUGCUUCCUCUGCUGUGAAUAUGGCUGGCUCCCAUAUACGACUGCUGCCGAUAAUGUGAGGAGUUGUUUCUAUGUCUCCUCUGAACCUGUUGUCCUGAAGAACCACAUUCAACACAAGGUAGCACAGAAGCUUCUAUAGCGCCCCUCAAACUAUACUGUUUCCCUCACACACUGUAUUCAAAGGUUAGUUACAAUUCACUGUAUAUCUUAAAUAGGUUUAUAUGUAUGUUCAAAUAAUUUGCACUUUCUUGGGAGGAAAAAUCCUGCACAUAACCAUCAUGAUCAAAGCCAUAAGUUAUGCCAAGUUACAUAAAAGGGACUUUUAUUAUGUGUACUUUUGUAAAGUUGCUUCUUUGUCUUUGAUUCUUGUGUAUUGUAAACAUGUAUUAAGUGGCAGUAGCAUAGUUGCUUGAAUGUAUUGUUUUGUUCCAGCUGAGUGAGAGAAAUGUCUGCGCACUGUACUCACUUCUCUGUUCAUUUUGAGAAACUGAUGUUUGAUUUGUCUCUCGCAUUUUAUCUUGGAAAUGUAAAGAUAAAUAAAUAAAUUGAAGUAUAAUGUA